AUGGAUGAAAACCACAAACAAAUAUUCGUUACUAGAGUUACCACUCUUCAGCGGGCUUCAGUGUUGGCGCUUUUCAUUGACCACUUUUUGCAGUUAACAUAUCUUGUGGGACUUAUUGUGAUUGAUUUGAAUAGAGUUGAUCUCACAGAUUUGUUGAAGCUGCUGCCCUUGGAGUCAGAUGACGAUUCUGGUGUGCAUGAAAUGAACCCUAUUUCUUCUUUCCUUUUGGGUGUCUCAGAAAAGAAACCAACGUCGCCAAAUACCUGGAGGUACCGUUUGGGAACAUACUGCUUGAAAGUAAGCCCUGUGUCGCUGAAAAGAUUUUUGGGUUUGUGGAUUCCUGUUGUUACCAUUUGCCUUACUGCAGUCAGCAUCUUGCUCAUUAUGCUUGUUAUUCCAAAUGAGUCUGUCGGCUUUAUGGAGGUGAUUGGUCUCAGAAGCCUGGCUCAGAUGUCUCAGAGGUACGAUUAUCUCUUUGUUAUUGAGCUUUUGGCUGGAUGUGUACUCGUUUUUGCUAUCGCAGAGUUGACUUUCAUUUUUACCCACUCCAAAAAACAAGAUAGCAAUGCCGGUCUGGAUGCCCUAACCGCCCUAAUCUCUCCAGAUUCCGGUUUGACUAACAAAGAGUUGGUGGAAAACGAUAAAGUCAAAUUUUUCGAGUGCUUGUCUUUAUCAGGAACUCAUAAAACUGAUAUUCUCAAGCUUGUAUCCAACCCCAAAUGUUCAUUUUUGGUAUCUACUGAUUUAGACCACAAAGUAUUGAUUUGGUCCCCGUUGAGCAAAGUCGAGUCGUCGAAGCCCCAAAACAUUGCCACAUUUUUUGAAAGCUCAGAUCCCAAUGCUAAAAAGGCCGAGUUUUGGCCCGUUAAUCAUAUUGAGAUCAGUGAUGAUGGAAAUUACAUUGUUCUCAUUAAUAAUAAGCAUUGUCGGAUCAAGUGUUUUGAAAGAAAGUCUCUAAAGUAUGUGUGGGAAGUGUCGUUGACAAGCGAACUAAACCAAUCUAGAAAGAAAAUGCAUGUGGUGAAUGCUUUCUUCAGGAAAAAGACAGUUGCUGGCUUCCUUGCCAGAAAACUCUUGCUGAAACGGAAACAGCACACGAGAAGAAGCAGCAGCGUAUCUUCUAAUAAAGGAGGUCCACUCACAGGAAACUAUCCACCUCCUUCAGUCACCGAAAUGGAAGAAAGUAGAAGCGAGAAUUCCGAGAAAAAUAUUGAUAAAGAGUUGAUUCAGGAAGAGUUUGUGCUCGUUCUUGAGACGGGAGAAAUGAUCACCGUUGCGUGUCAUAACAUCCAAAUAAAGGUGUACAAUUUGUUGACCCAGCUAUAUGAGGGUCAACCAGAGUUGCGCAAUCUCAAAAUCAUCUCGCUGAAGUUUCUUAAAACUGCAAGAGUCAACGACCGUGUGGUUUGCAAUUUAUCAAAUGAUGAUAUUAUCGUGGGAACAGCGGUUAAUAACUUGUGGAGAUUCCAGAAGCUCGACUUGGAUGUGUAUUACUCAUCAACCAAGACUUUGGCCAAUUUUGCUCCUCCAUUGAUGUCACGUACAGGGUCUGCAAUCAGUUUCAAGCAUGACUUUUCUACGGCAUUUGAAUUGCAACGACAGACACACAUGCAGAGACAAGAAGCCGAGACUACGGUGUUUUCGGAUCUCAAGAAAUACCAGGUCAUCAAUAAGUCCACAGUGAUAACCAUUGAUUUCGUGGGAAUGAUUGUCCGCGUUAAAGACUUGCUGGCAGAACUCAUAGACGUGCAAACGGGAACAGUCCUCAAAGUGUUUGGAAUUGGACACUUCAAGCCAGACACUUUUAGAGUGGCGCAUUCAGAGCCAACACAUUGUAAGUUUUGCGGAUGUGCGUCGUUCGAGUCUCUCUCGUUGGUUUACGAAGACUUUUAUGACAAGACGAUAAUAAUGCAUACGUUCACGGUGGAGAACAAAAAGUCCAGAAACAACAUCUGUUUGAGAGUGGAGAGAGAUCCAAGGGAAAUCAGAUGUGUCGGAUUGGACUCGGCCAUUGAAAAGCAGUACUGGUACGAGGACAUCGAAAAGUGGGAGGUGACAGAUAUGAAUGUGAUUCUCGGCAUAAGAAAAAUUUCUCCUCCGUCAGAGAAAGGGGAUGAAGCAGCUGUUGAACAGUCUGGCUUUUCGUUGAGCUCCGAGAACGGAUUGAGCUCGCUUAGAACCCGGAAGAAAUCUGCAAAGGCGAAGAAAGAGCAGAAACACCCCACGAUAGACCAACUUUGGCAAGGUAUUGUGAUCACUGCACAAAACGGCAAGCUAUUAGAGUACAACAUUCCAGCCAAUGCACCUACAGACGCUGAAUUCUCAUCCACGCGGCCUAAUUAUAUUGUCAAGUACGGAUUUAAGUCUGUGGCGAUUGCCUUUGGAAGCAGCAUCAAGAUCUUGUAUCUUGGCGGAGAUAAGUUGAUUGAAAACGACUUGUACUACUCUGGAACCACCAGCACGUUGAAUUCCAUAUUGAAGCCUAACACCGAAGGCGCAGGACGCAAUGAAUUGCUAUUCGUCAACAAGCGGCGGCGCAUGCUAGAAAAACGGAAUGCCAAAGCUUCAAGAACACAGACAGAAUUACCCAAUGCGGAAGGCGAAGGGGAAGCAGAUGCGUUCUGA